AUGUGUACGCAAUGUAUACGCAAAGUGCAUGAUGGUAAAAAUCUUAAGGGCCGGUCGAACGAUGCAAAGGCAUCGGCGUGUUUGUACAUUGCGUGUCGACAGGAGGGUGUGCCACGUACUUUUAAGGAAAUUUGUGCUGUCAGCAAAAUAAGUAAAAAAGAAAUUGGACGUUGCUUUAAGUUGACUCUAAAGGCUCUUGAAACUAGUGUGGAUUUAAUUACCACAGCAGAUUUUAUGUCCCGAUUUUGCGCCAAUCUGGAUCUACCAAAUAUGGUACAGCGGGCCGCGACGUAUAUUGCAAAGAAGGCUGUCGAAAUGGACAUUGUUCCAGGAAGAUCACCUAUAUCAGUUGCAGCCGCUGCUAUUUACAUGGCUUCUCAGGUAAGUGCUAGCNUCAGCGCCAACUCAGGGUCAAUUUAUUAG